AUGGGCGUCUGCUUCCUCCUCUUCGCACUAUCCUUGUGUUUUUCGCUGUUCGCCGAGACCGUGUUGGCUCAUGUGGUCAGGAAGGUUACUCUCUCCGGCGUCGAUGGACCUCAAUUCACGGCUGGCCACACAUCGAACGGAGUCCAUCCCUCAAUGGACGUGACAGCAGAGGAGCGGACUGACCCCAGUGGGCUCAUAAAACUUGAGGUCGUGCCGCUUCUACACUUGUCACCAGACCAGACGAAAAUUUACGCGUCGAUCGCUGAAAAAAUGAAUCUCAACAGCGCCUAUAGUAAGCUGAUGCAAGAAUUCAAGCCACCCACGAAGACUCUCCGUCCACAUGAGCUCAUGCAUUCCCAACCUUUUAUCGCCAGUGACUACCUCCCUGCAUUUCGCAAACGUGCUCAUGAACUUCACAACGCAGAGGCGGACGCUGAGGUCAUUCGAUUCCUCGAAACGCGUCAUGGCUCGAGGCACUUAGCGCUGUCGCUGCGUGAGGCGAGCAAGUCGGUGCAAGAGCAGGUGCGCAAGGCUGCUGAAGCGCUACAGGCCGCGCAGUUCAAGAUGUGGCGUGACUUGUUGGUGAGCGAUGGGGACAUUCUUAAGGUGAACGAGAAGGACUUUUUUAAGGUCAAACUAGGGGUGGUAGAUUUUGAGCAUCCCGAGGAGCAAGAAAAGGGAGUCAUGGAAGAAUUCAUGACGUACAUGGAAAGGUCGGAGAAGGAAGCAAUCGACGCUAAGCUGAUGCAAUGA